CCGGAUUACAGCUUCUGCAGUGGAGCUCCCGGGAGGUGAGCUCAGCCUGCGUGCUGUCCGUAUCAGCUUUUUCGUUUACAGCUAGCGCGCUCUGUCACUGGAGCCACCGCCCGGAUUCCGACGUCUUGGGGUUUAGAUUUUCACGGGUUUACCUGUCCGGUUUCCAACCUGGUUCUGCCAGUUUCUUCGUGUCUUGAGACUGUGGAUCCUAAGCGAGGGCAGCGGAACGCAAGGGAGCGGGAAAUGGGGACUGUAAACUUUGAGGAUGUGGCCAUAAAUUUUAGCCUGGAAGAAUGGACUUCACUAACUCUUUCUCAAAAGAAGCUCUACAGAGAAGUGAUGUUGGAAACUUUGAGGAACCUGGCCUCUGUAGAACUCAAUUUUUAGAGAGACUCCAUGAACAUGAACAGGGUAGUCAGUGUGAAGAAGCCUUCCAACAGAAUGCCAAACAUAUUAUGAAUAAGAAAACUCUACCUAGAAUAGCACCCUUCAAAAUGUGUGCAUGUGGAGAAACCCUCCUUGCUCCUUCACUGACAAGUAUGCUUUUCAGAGCUCACACAGGACAGCCAGCCUUUGAGUACCAGGAAUAUGUGGACAGCUCCAAUACUCAUAAAGAAUGUGGGAGAGCCUGCAGGAAAUCCCAUGAGGGUCAAAUUGGCUAUAGAAUGCACCAGAAGGAAAAUCCAUUUGUAGCUAAACAUUGUGGAAAAUCCUUUAGCCAUCCCAAUUUUUUUCACAGACAAGAAGACAGUGACACUGAAAUUAAGCACUGCUAUAAAUGUAUACAUUGUGGAAAAUCCUUCCCUAACUCCAGUACCCUUCAAGAACACAAUAGAACUCACCCUGGGGAGAAACCCUCCAGAUAUGCGCAAUGUGAGAAAACCUACCCUUUCUCUAGUUCUCUUAAAGCACAUGAAAGAAUUGACACUGGUACGAAACCCCAUGGAUGUAAGCAAUGUGGGAAAACAUUUUCUUUUCCCAGUGCCCUUCAAAGACAUGAAAGAAGUCACACUGGAGAGAACCCCUACGGAUGCAAGCAAUGUGGGAAAAUGUUCCCUUUCUCUAGUUACCUUAAAGAACAUGAAAGAAUUCACACUGGAGAGAGACCCUAUGGAUGUAAGCAAUGUGGCAAAACGUAUGUUUUUCGCAGUUCCCUUGGAAGACAUGAAAGAAGUCACACUGGAGAGAAACCCUAUGAAUGUAAGCAAUGUGGGAAAACAUUUAUUCUUCCCCAUUUCCUUCAAAGACAUGAAAGAAUUCACACUGGAGAGAAACCCUAUGGAUGUAAGCAAUGUGGGAAAAGAUUUGUGUUUUCCUGUUCCCUUCGAAGACAUGAAAGAAUUCACACUGGAGAGAAACCCUAUAGAUGUAAGCAGUGUGGGAAAGCAUUUAUUCUUCCCCACCAUCUUCACAGACAUGAAACAAUACAUUGCAGAGAAAUCCUACAGAUGUAAGCAGUGUGGGAAAACAUUUGUUCUUCCUUAUUAUCUGAGUACCUAAAGUUCUAGAGUUAUAGGCAUGAGCUUCUUUUGAGACAGAAUCUCACUAUUAUUGUAGCCCUGCGUAGCUUAGGACUAGUGAUUUUCCUUCAAGAGGAGAAGCUGUUUCCUCUGUAUCCUUGCAGUUGUCGUUGCUAUUUGGGAGCCUGAGAUGAGGAGGGCUCUAGGCAUAGAUUCCUCCUUUUCUGCAGUGAUAAACCAGUCCAGGAACAGAUCCUAGUGAUCCUAUGAACCCUGAGCUUUGGGACAGU